UGACAUUCGAGAAUCGAAAAAGAAAGUUUGAUUCGAGUGUUUGUAUUCUUUCCCAGAAUAUUGUUAUCAGUACUUUACAUACUUUUCUUUGUAAAUUGUUUAUCUCAUUUUCUCGACCCAAUAUCACGCAACAUGUAUCUAUAAAUGUUAUUGUUUCACAUUGCGGUGCAUCAAGCCGAUAACGUACAAUAAGUAGCGUCGUUUACGUUUCUUUUACAGCUGAUUCUAUGUUUGAUGAUGAUUGUUCGAUUUAAUAAAUCGAUAUUUAUGCAAAUAAACCGGAAAUUUAUCUGUGUUAUUAAUUAAGGUGAAUUGCAUUCCUCUGGUUUAUUAAAAGUUUAAAUAACCGAAAUGGAAGCGGCAGGUCAAAAUCAGGUACAAAAUAUCUCGAACAAUAUUGAUGGUUCUGAAAAUAAAGGAAGUUGUUUGUUACUCCGAUAUGCUAGUCAAAAUUCUUUGGACGAAAGUUCACAAAAACAUAUACCCCGUGAAGGUGGAAAAGAUAAACCACCAUAUAGAAAUCAUCAUCAUACAAAUCGGGCAUUUGAUGUUAUUAAUGAAAUGCGAAAGAAAAAUUUAUUGUGCGACGUAAUUCUGGUGGCAGAUGGAGGCUUAGAAGUUCCUGCCCACAAAAUGGUUUUGGCUGCUUGUAGUCCUUAUUUUUAUGCUAUGUUCACAAGUUUUGAGGAACGAGAUCAGGAAAGGAUAACAUUGCAAGGCGUAGAUUAUUCUGCACUUGAAUUACUAGUGGAUUACGUAUAUUCUGCAGAGGUUCAUGUAACUGAAGAUAAUGUACAAGUAUUAUUACCAGCUGCAAACCUUUUACAAUUAACUGAUGUCCGUGAUGCAUGUUGCGACUUUUUACAAGCUCAGUUACAUCCAUCAAAUUGUUUAGGAAUUCGUGCAUUUGCUGACCUCCAUAGUUGUUUAGAAUUAUUAUCACAUGCAGACAGUUAUAUUGAACAACAUUUUUCGGAAGUAGUUGAUGGUGAAGAAUUUUUAACAUUAGCACCACAGCAAGUAGGUAAAUUAAUUUGCAGUGACCGCUUAAUGGUCUCUUCAGAAGAAAAAGUGUUUGAAUGUGUAAUAUCAUGGGUACAUCAUGAUUUGGAAGAAAGACAAACUCAUUUAGCACAAUUAAUGGAACACGUACGGUUACCAUUGUUGUCACAGGAAUAUUUAGUACAACGUGUUGAAGAAGAACCUCUUUUAAAAGCAAAUUUGCAAUGUAAAGACUUUUUGAUCGAAGCUUUGAAGUAUCACCUACUUAAAGGAGAGCAAAAAUCAUUGUUCAAAACACCUCGUACAAAACCUAGGCAACCAAGAAGUUUACCAAAAGUGUUAUUAGUGGUUGGAGGACAAGCUCCAAAAGCAAUUAGAAGUGUAGAAUGUUACGAUUUUAAAGAAGAAAAGUGGUAUCAGGUAUCUGAAUUACCUACGCGUCGUUGUAGAGCUGGUUUAUCCGUCCUUGGUGGUCGCGUAUAUGCCGUUGGAGGAUUUAAUGGAUCUCUUAGGGUACGAACAGUAGAUAUUUAUGAUGCAGCCACAGAUCAGUGGUCACCUUGUCCAGAAAUGGAAGCAAGAAGAUCAACACUUGGUGUAGCAGUCCUUGGAAAUUGCAUAUAUGCUGUUGGUGGAUUUGAUGGAUCGACUGGUCUUAAUUCUGCCGAAGUCUACGAUCCAAGAACGCACGAAUGGAGGUUAAUUGCACCAAUGUCAAUACGUAGAAGUAGUGUUGGCGUAGGUGUUGUUAAAGGAUUACUAUAUGCAGUUGGUGGUUAUGAUGGAAUAUCUAGACAAUGCCUAUCCAGUGUUGAAUGUUAUAAUCCAGAAAAAGAUCAAUGGAAACCAGUACCUGAUAUGGCUACACGUCGUAGUGGUGCUGGUGUUGGUGUUUUAGAUGGAAUUUUAUAUGCUGUAGGAGGUCAUGAUGGUCCAUUGGUNNNNAAGAGUGUAGAAGCUUUUAAUCCAGAUACAAAUCAAUGGACUUCAGUUAGUGAUAUGGCUCUUUGUCGUAGAAAUGCUGGUGUUGUUGCGCUAAAUGGUCUUUUGUAUGUGGUUGGUGGUGAUGAUGGUUCAUCAAGUCUGGCAUCUGUAGAAGUAUAUAAUCCAGGAGCAGAUACCUGGACAACUCUUCCAACUUGUAUGGGAAUUGGUCGUAGUUAUGCAGGAGUAGCUAUAAUCGAUAAACCAAUGCCGUCUACAACAUCGAUGUGAGGAUUACAAUCCGC